CAUGUAUAUCCAUGACUAUGAGCAUAUUACCUAAGGUACCUCCUAAUACCCACUAAACUUACCUUUUGACCCUUCUUUUGUAAGCGGGUCGUGAAACGGCCUCAAAAAGCGCAAACUUGCUCACUUUGCGUGUAAAGCUGUAACCACUUCUUCUUCAAACAUGUACCGCACCCGGCCAUUGUCGCCUAUUGUUCAACAUGAAUCUACAUACAUAUAUAUUAUUCUGAAUCAAAAAGUCAAAAAGUCGUUUGAUCAAAAACGGCAAUGCGGGUAAACAGUUGCCUUAGAUGGAUUGGUGCCGUUGUUAGUACGCCGCAUCGUGGAACCUUGAGGGACAAACCUCCUUGUCAUUCAUCACAUCAACCAAUUCCUGACUAGAGUCCACCUUGAAAAUGUCUUAUUUGGCAGAUGAAAAAUAGAAAUUUCUGGUUGUUUUUCUCUCUCUCUUUUGAAUAUACCAUAUACCCUUACCUAGCAACAUAAGUUAUCUUGUAAUAUCCAUAUACAUCAUUCUUACAACUCAUCAUAUCUAUCUUCAACAAAGGCGCAUCAAGAAACACUACGAAGGGAAAAUGUGUGGUGAUCAUUCACGACAGUCCUGCGGUGGUGCCCUCGCUGUACUCAGUCUUCCGCUUCGAAGCACCCGUUUCUUACCGCAAACUAUGGCAGGCCGACUCGUUUUCCAUGACUGUGGAAAGGGAGGUUUAGUUGCGACCCACGCUACAUUUACACCGGACGAAAGCAGUAUUAGCAGUAGCGUUUCCGAUAUAGAUACAUGUAUUGUGGGCAUUCACGAAACUGGCGACCUCACGAAAUCUGCCAUAAUAAGUCCAUUUCUCUACAAGUUCAGCAUACCUCAAGGUCGACCGACUUCCCAAGACAGCUGGCAGGAACGGUCGAUAGAAGUGCCACUUAGUCAUCCGAUGAAGAUUGAGGUCGGCGGCGACGGCAUCAUUGGUCGACGAGUUACUAUAUGGUCACAGCAUGCAGUAGAUCCUAUUGCGGAAGGAAUCAUAGGAUAUAAUUGAACUAAAGGCACAGCACGAUCAGACAUGAACGGGGAUCACAAUUUGAGCCGAAUAACCAGGUAAUCCAGU